AUGCCGAGCCCUAAUGCCAACCAUCUCUUCCGUUCCCAAAGAAUCCAACAACAAUGCGGUUCGCCGCCGCUGCUUCUUCCAGCAAGACAAGGCAACAACUUCAGCAACAAUGAAAACAAACAAAACAUCCAGCGCACAGAGGAGGCCCGUGGGGAAGUCCGUGAGCCAUACCAACCCGAAACGAGCUCAAAAGACGCUUGGGCCGUCAAGAUCGAAGUGAAUCUCAUUCGUAGCUUACCAAUCUACUACAUUUUGGAACCCACCUCGAUUGCUGUGCGAGAGAUCCCCUUCACCAUUGUACAAAGCCGAAUCCUGGAUUUUCUGAGGAUCCAGUCCAUCUCAUUUACAUAUCAUGCCGACACGGUCCGCCUGGAAUGCGUGACAUCCAACUUGCUCAAAUUCGUCAUUCAGUUCUGGCGCGUCAACGGCGAGGGUGUUCCUGCCUUGGAGCCCGACCAAGCCGUCACCGUGGAGCUCCAGCGCCGUCAAGGAUCCUCCAUUGAAAUGCAAGCUGUCCGCCGCAAGAUGCAUCGUGCUGUUUUGACCGGAGAACAAGCAACAACCCCAUUCUACUUGGAACGGCCCCAAAUGCAAGCCCGCAAUCUCCCUGCUACCAUCAUGACCGAGGUAGACACCUUGAGCGACUAUGAUCACGACGCGGGACGAUCCGAUGCUCUUCAUAUAUGCUUACGUUUGAUCGAAAGCAACUGCAUGGAUCAAGCUCGUUUGGGCCUGGAAAGCCUCCGCAUGUUGACAGACCCCUCCAUUGUUGCUCCGCAAGAUGCUCUCUUUGUCUCCCGCGCCGUUCUCCUGCGUCAAUCUGCCUUUGGUCCACGUCUCCAGAGCGGCCUUGCCAGAUACUCUUUUGGUAUCGCCGAGGCGCUGGCUGGGCGUUCCGAUAUGGCGGAGUACCGUCAAUACAGCCAGGCCCACUAUGAUGGUUUCCACAGUUUGGGCCUUGCGAUCCUUUCCAACGCUCUCCAGAUGGUUGAAAGCAACGAAAACGUGGCCAUCGACGUGACCGAUCGAUUUUGGGAACUUGUUACCGAGGACCUCAUGUGGAACGUCGAAAGGGCUGUGCAAAAGCCGAACGAAGGUGCUGUUUCCGCCAAGUGCAUUCGUCAUCUCAAGUGUCUGGGUUGCGGCCAUGGCAACGGCAUGGAUUUGGCUGUGGCGAUGACCCGACCCCGCGGCUUCCGGGCAUGCCUUGCAGAGGCCAACCGAUUUGGAGCCAUGCAUCAUUGGAUGCUCGAACAAGAGUCGCAGAAGUUGUUGGCCAUGGACAUUGAUACCAACCUACGAGCACAUUGA